AUGCUUGAUUUUGUUGGUAGAGCAAAAUAUGAUUCUUGGAAUAAAAAUAAGGGAUUAUCAAUGGAAGAAGCAAAGCUUAAAUAUAUAGAAAUUAUUAAUAAAUUAGUUGAACAAACUAGUAGUGUUGAGCAAGCAUCAAAUGUUGAAGAUAUUUUAAUUAAAAAACAAGGAAAAAUAUUUCGAAUUGAAUUUAAUCGGCCAAAUAAAUAUAAUGCAAUUACAUGGGAAAUGUAUGAAGCAUUAAUUGAUGCUUUUUCUAAUUCUAAUAAAUGUAAUGAAACAAGUAUAACUGUGUUAACAGGAAUUGGGAACUAUUAUUGUGCUGGAAAUGAUUUAUCUAAUUUUACAAGAAAUGUUAAAACACCAAAUGAUUUUAUAAAAAUGGCUGAUAAAGGAGAAGACGUUUUGGAACGUUUUGUACGUGCACACAUUGAACAUGAAAAACCGCUUAUUUCUUUAGUUAAUGGACCAGCAAUUGGUAUUUCAGUAACUUUAAUGGCUCUCUUUGAUUUAGCUUGUUUUCAUUCGCCAUUUUCCUCUUUGGGUCAAUCUCCUGAAGGAUGUUCUUCUUACACAUUUCCUAUGCUUAUGGGAGCUACGAAGGCUUGUGAAAUGCUUUUAUUUGACAAAAAAUUAACGGCUGCUGAAGCUUAUGAACGAAAUUUAGUCACAAGUAUUAUACCUCAUAAUAGUUUCUAUGAAGAAACGGAACGUUUGGUUUCUCGUCUUUCUGAAUUGCCGCCAGAAUCAUUAAAAGUAAAUAAACAAUUACUUCGAAAUGUACAUAAAGAUGCUUUGCUACGUGUUUGUAAACAUGAAUGUGCAGUUCUUAAACAAAGAUGGUUAAGUGUAGAGUGCCAACAAGCAUUGCAAAAAUUUGCCAGUCGAAAAACUUGA